AUGGGACGGCUCUUCAGGCUCAUCAAGGUGCUCCCUUUCCAACAUGAUGACAGGUCGAUUUUGCUAACUAGAACAGCUCCUUUAGAUGAUAACGACGUGCCGCAUACAAGUGAACCUCCUGCCCACACUAUUCGCCCCGUCGAAAUAAAUUCAUCCAGUGCUCCCCAGCCGGCGGACACACUGGGUCACGAGGCCAAUCUUCCUACCAUAGAUGCCACUUCUGAGAUAGGAUCUAUGAGCCGCCUGUUCGACCGAAACGUUGAUGACGACGUACAAGGACCACCGCAAACUCCUCCGCACGCCUCGCCACCAGUUCCAUCAUACUAUCAAGAUCGUUAUAACGACGGGACACUGUCUCGCGAUAUGCUCUCCGCGCAGAACAUUCCAUCCAUCGAAGCGGGCUCGAACACGGUGGUCGCAGAUCAUCACAUGGAGCAGGUCGAUCCUUACGAACAUGGGUACAGUUCUUCGUCCAUGGUCGGUGCUACACCUGACUUGGCGCAGACGAGCGAUCCUAUUGAGCGGAAUUUUGACAGCUGCCAAAAUUCACAACGUCUUGGUUGUUUCACUUCUCCGGAAUGGAUCACUGACCAAGACAGUCCCUCUUACUCCAGCUUGGCAGCGUCACCCGGGAUGGGCCGAUCACCAUCUACCGUCUCCACUAGCGACUGUAACCAGUCUAGUCAUGAUACUGGGGAGUCCAUGCCUGCUGAAAGAAGUUUGGCGGGCACCGCUGGGGUAGAGUCAUAUCCUACCCCUCUAUCCUACCCCUCUCAUACUCCGAAGCUAGCAAACCGUGUACCGAAACGCAAACCUCGUAAAGCAACGAGGAAAAAGGCUAUUCGAGAAGAUAGAGACGUGUCAGCGUCAACACUCUCCACUUUGGAACGGGGUAAUCCUUCACCGUCGAACGAAAUUUAUUCUCCUCAAAUGUGUCUCCUCAGAUGUCUGGUGAGUAAAGCGUAUCAAGUCACUAAUGGGGAGACGUUGCGUGGGGUCGAUAAAUUAGACGAUGGGACGUUGCGUACGAUCUAUGAAACAGGCGAUCGGAUAGUUAGGGGAACUUGUGCCAUUCUCAAUGACUGGAGUGAGUGGUUGAUACGAGAGUUUCAACCAGUAUUACUUCCUCCUUAUCGCAGUCUUUCCACAGUGGAAAAAUGCGUCGCUGCGUCUCGAAUAUUGGUAGAACCCAAGGAUGGCAGCCAUGGCAAAUCCAUAGCUCGUCGUCUGGCACAAGUCCUUCUUUACAUAUUCGUUGCAGUAUACGAGAAAGAAUUGGGAAACAUGUUCUACCGAAACGGUCGCACACCCAUGGCAAUGGCCCAUGACUUCAUAAUGGAAAGGGUCGCGUGGAAUCGUAAUCGACUUGUGGACAGUAAAAAUUAUGGCAAGCGAUGGUGGAGACUAGGAAGUGGCAUUGGAAUCAUCACAAUUCUGACAUGCGCACCGGAUUCGGUGAUGGGCGACAUGGAAAACCGAACAUACACUGAUGAUUUCUUAAAGCUCUUGAUCAACUAUGUGAGAAUCGCGUAUCCCAACGCCGUAGCUCACUUUCAGUCACUUGAUCCCAUUUUUCAUUCCCUUUUUGCUAAUGCUUCAUUUGCCACGAAUGCUUCCGUCCGUCCAGACGGUUUGCAUUUGGAAUUUAAUCCUCUUUCUGAACGGGUCCAGUGGUUCAAUACCGAGAAAGCAAUGGAAGCCGCAACGGAAAGGCUCCUGCGUGUCUUCACAUAA